AUGAAAGAAUUAGGCUCAAUUAAGAUUGGAACAUGGAUUGAAUUAAGUGCAAGUUUCUAUUAUCAUAAACAAACCAUAUUUUAAGGUGAAUAUAAGAAUGGCUAAAAAUUGGGUAAUGGAAGCGGUUCUUAUUAUGUGAUAAUAUCUUUUAAUUCUGGUAUUUUACAUUUCCAUUCAAUUUCUUAGUGGUUUCAAAUAUUUUGAUUUACAAGGCAAUAAGGUAUAUGAGAGUGAUAGGUCAAUUAUAUAAUUAUUUAUAGAAAUUCUUUCUUUAUUUUUUCAGAAGAAUUUAGAAAUAGAAAAAAGUAGGUAGAUGGGAAACUUUUGAUAGAUAUGUUUUCAAAGAUAUAUUAAAUUUAGAGGAGGUGGUUUAUAUGAUUUAAUUAAAGAUAAAGGUUCAAUUAAAAAUGGAAAUUGGAUUGAACUGAGUGAUGGAUAUUUUAGUGAGGCGCAGUUAACUUAUAAGGGUGAAUAUAAGAAUAACUAAAAAUUGGUAGAUGGGAUAUUAGAUAUAGGAAGGAUGGAUGGAUUUUUAUUUGAAAGAAUGAAAGAUACAAUAAAGAAUUUUAGUGGUGGAGGAUUAUACUCUCUAGUUUAAGGAACUGAUUCAAUAAAAAUAGGCAAGUGGGUGGAGUUUACUGCUGGUUUUUUCUGUAAGUCUUAAGUCAUUUACAAAGGAGAAUAUUUAAAUGGUAAUAAGAUUGGUAUAUGGGAUAAUUUGUUUAGGAACGAAAUUAGUGAAUAAUUUCACUUAAUGUGGGCAUAUGAAUAUUAUUUUAGUGGUGGAGAGUUAUAUUAUUUGAGAGAAGAAUUAGGUUCAUUUAAGGGUGGAAAAUGGAUUGAGCUAUCUGAGAAUUAUGGAAAUGGAGUAGGAUUAUCUGAAGUGAUCUAUGUUGGUUAAUAUUAAAAUGGCAAAAAAAGUUGGAAUUUGGGUGGAAAUGAGAAAAGAUAAAGAUAUGAUGCAAGGAAGGUUUCAAAUAAGAAAGUAAAUUAAUUAAAAUAAUUAAUUAAUAUAAAUAUGCAUAAUUUCUUAUUGUAAAUAUAUGAUACUUACUAAUAUUAUAAUAAAAUAAGAAUCUUUUCUAGCUUAAAUUAGUAAAUGAAAGAAAUUAAGGAUGAUAAUUUAGAAGGAUUUAUUGUAAAUAAAUUAAAAAAAUUAUCAUUUUUCACUCAUCAUUGUAUCCUUUAUGAGAAUAUACUCUGCAAAUAAAAGGCUCUUUAGUUAAUUUUGAUGGCAGAAAAGGAUGAUAAUGUUGAACUAGGUGAAAAUCAUCACAUGGUUGGCCAAGAGAUUGGUGUUGGUACUGUUUUUUUUAACUCUAAACUUUAGAUAUCUCGCUAUUUCAUAUAGCAAGGUCUCUAGCGUUUAUACUUAAAGUUGGGGUUUGCAACAAAAGUUCCAACAAAUUGAAUGAGUAGAAAUUUGAUUUUUUAACGCAUUUUGUAAACAUAGAUACUGUGUAAAAAAAAGAAUAUUAGACAUAGAAUUAGAAUUGGUAGUUAAAACUGAAAUAGUGUUUUAAAACAAGACUAUACUAAAAAUAUUUGAUAGAACAUAAAUUGAUUCAGCGUUUUGUUAAUUAACAAUGA